GUGGUUUCUGGGCACUUCUGCCCAAUCGGAGAUGCAUUCAGCCGCUGCUUUGCAUACAGUCUGCAUUCCUGGAGGUGAGACUGCGGCUCUGCAGGUCACUCACAGAGCGACUCUCACUGGGUGGACGAGUAUUUCGAUAGGAAACAUCGCAUUCCCGUCCCGGGCUCGGACCGAUCAUUAAUUGCAGCUUCCCGGGAACCAGCCUGUGCUAUGAAGCUCCUGUGCGUUCCCUUCUUGUUUCUCUUCCUGCUGUGUCUCACCUUCUCGCCGGGAGAAGGAGCGAAGAGCGGAGAUAGCAACGAACAGUUAAAUCGACCGAGUAAAAAGCGAAAAGGGAAAUCCUUGCCAACUGGAGGUGCGCUGACCACGAAAGAUAACCAUGCGUGUUCCUGGAAUGUCACUGGAGAGGGAGAGUUAACUCUGCAAAUCAGUUGCAGUUACCAAGGCGGCAGCUACUGGUGUAACUACACGGGGAGGCCGCAGUCUUGCCCCACUUACAACACUAAAGCUGCCCAGUACUGGAAACAGGCGAUCGGCAAAGUGAAGAGGAAGAAACACGCCUGCGAGGGAGAUAAAACCUUAAAGACGCGGAUCUGCAAAAAGGCACCGACAGAAUCUCAAAUGAAAUUGAAGGGCAAGAGUUGGAACCCCAGCAAGCGGGAAGACAAGGUUUAUUCGAAGAGUGCCGGGCGCAAGAAGGCUUUGGGGAAAGUGCCGGCUGAGAAAGCCCUGGCACUGGUGCGUGUUAACUCUACUGAAACCCUGUUUGAAAAGAAACGGGGUAAAUCUAAGGCCUCCGAAUCCACAAAGAGCGAUGGCCAGAGCGCAUUGGGCGAAAUGAGCGAUGAUGACCCCGAGUUUCAGGAGGAGCUGUCCCACACUUACUGUGCCGAGAAGUGGCAUUCGCUCUGCUCAUUUUUUGUCAACCUGUGGAACGGCUAGUCCCACUCACGUGGUUUCCUUUCCAUAGGGGAACCCCUGUGUUAGGCCUGGGUCCACACGAAACACCACUUUCCUCCGCUGUGGUUAAUAUUAAUUCACGAAAACCAGAAAAUAGCUCCUAAUUCAGACCCAUCUCUUAAUUCAACCGACUC